AUGCCUGUAAAAGAAAUAUCUGAAGGCACAUUAAAACGAGAAUUGACUAAUGCUGGUGAAAAAUUAGUAUUGGUCGACUUUUUUGCUACGUGGUGUGGACCAUGUAAAAUGAUAGCACCGGCCAUCGACAACUUAAGUACACAACAUCCACAUAGCGUAUUUCUCAAAGUGGACGUUGAUAAAUGUCAAACCGAAGCUCAAGAGAAUAACAUAACAGCAAUGCCAACAUUCGUCUUUUAUAGAUCUGGCAAAGAACUUGAACGCAUUCGUGGUGCCGAUGCUAAAAGUAUUGAAGCAUUUCUACAAAAACAUGGACAAGCUCAAGCAUUUGGUGGACAGGGAUACUCAAUGGUUGGUGCAUCAUCCUCUGCAACUACUGCAACUUCAACAACAGAACAGGCGGGAGAUAAAACACGAAUUGAAAAAUUAGCCACAGAAAAAUUUUCAAAAUUAAACGAUGGAGAAACAACGACUACACUUCGUUUAAGAUUACCUGAUAUCUCCGCACCCAUUCAAAUUAAAAUCGGUGUUCAACGCACACUUAAUGAUGUGAGACAAUUUUUAUCAACAGUAUUGAAACGUAAUUUUGAAUUUAUUGAACCACCAGCAACAAAAAUAAAAGUGGAAGAUGAAAUAAAAACGUUAAUCGAGUUAAAAUUAACAAAUGCCAUGGUUGUUGUUAGAAAUAUUUGA